AUGGCCACCCCCAGUGUCCUGACUUUUGACGCCGAGGGUCGCGCCAUUGACUUUGCAGUCUGGAUUGAGGACCUGCAGCUGUACUUACUGUGCGAUGCGAUCGAUGAGGUUUCUCUCUUUGACUUUGUCUCUGGCGCUGUCCCUGCCCCUCCUGCUGAUGCUGACCCCACUGUUCGCUCCAAGUGGGCCACACGCGAUGCUGCUGCACGUCUUGCUGUGCGUCGCCACCUCCCUUCCUCCGAGCGUGCACACUUUAGUCAGUGCAAGACCGCUCAGGCCUUGUACGACGCUGUAGUUGCGCGCUACUCCUCCCCUUCCACUGCUACACUGAGCCGCCUCAUCCUACCGUACCUCUUCCCUGACCUUGCUGCCUUUCCCACAGUCACUGACCUCUUUACCCACCUUCGCGCUAGUGACACUCGCUACCGAGCUGCGCUUCCUGCUGCCUUCCUCGCCGAAAACCCCCCUCCCAUGUACAUCACCCUCUACUUUCUAGUCACCCGUCUCCCUGAGUCCCUUCGUGCUGUUAGGGACCAGUUUCUCUCUGUCUGUCCCACCACCCUCACUGUCGACCUCCUUGAGAAGUCCCUGCUAGCGGCCGAGAAGAGCAUAGUCGCUGUAGGGGCCUCUCGUGGUGACCCGCGCACCCCCAUCUUUGAGGGGUGUUCUCCUUCCCCCCUGCUACCCUCUGUCGCCUCUGCUGCUGCGGCCGACCUCGUUGGUUUAGAGUCGGUCGGUGCGGCGUCUGCCCCCAGCGGUCGGCGCCGCUCUGGCAGGAGCAAGGGGGGCAAGGGAGCGGGUGGAGCUAGCGGGGGCGGUGGCGGAGGAGGUGGGGGCGGCGGGGGAAGUGGGGGUGGCGGUGGGGGUGGAGGCGGGAGUGGAGGUACUGGUGGCGGCGGUGGAGGCGGAGGUGGCGGCGGAGGUGGUGGCGGAGGAGGCAGUGGGAGCGGCGGGGGCGAGGGUGGCGGUGGCGGCGGUGGCGGCGGAGGCGGGGGUGGCGGUGGUGGAGGUGGUCCGAGUGGCUCGUCCCAGAGGAGCGGCACUGGGGGUGGUCAGCGCCAGCAGCAGCAGCAGCAGCAGCAGCAGCACUCUCGCGACGUCCCCGCCCCUCAGCAGCUCCGUGAGUGGUACUCGCAGCGUCAGCGUGGUGGGGCGUUCGGUCCCUGCACCUACGUCCUUCGCACCGGCGACCGCGCGGGUGAGCAGUGUGGGGGCACCCACACCGCUCGCCGCUGCUUUGCCCGCCUGACCGACGCUUGGCGCCAGCAGUUUCCGGAGGCCUCUGAGAUCCCCCGCUGGGGAGAGCUGUCUCGGGCUGGUGUAGCUGUGUUUGAUCUUGACUUUGAUGCUAUCCUUGCUGCCAUGUAUGCUGUGACUGUUAGUGAUGAUGGUGACUGUUACCGGUGCUUUCCGCCCGACCCGGGCAUUGGUACUGCUGUGUCAGGUGCCACUGAGGCUGCUACUCUAUGUGCCAGUGCGUCUGUGCUCUCAGGUUCUAGUGAGUCUGCCCUCUCAGGUACUGUGUCGGCUUCUGCCUCCCACACCUUCACCCUUGACUCUGGGGCGUCUCGCUCCUUCUUUCGGGACCGCACCACUCUCACGCCGCUUAGUCGGCCGGUUGCGGUGUCCCUGGCUGACCCCUCUGGGGGUCCUGUCCUGUCUCGUUUCUCCACAGUCCUCCCGUGUCCGGCGGCUCCCUCUGGCACCCUGACUGGUCUUUACCUCCCCUCGUUCUCUACAAACCUGGUGAGUGGUGCUGACCUACAGGAUGUGGGGGUCCACCAGCUCACUCCUGCUCGUCAGCGGGUGACACACUGCACAGAGGCUAGCACAGGUCGCCACCUGGCUACGUUUACACGUCAGCCAGGGUCGAGACUGUACACACUGACCACUACUUCUCCUCCCGGUGCUGAGUCUGGUAGAGUCCCUUCGUCUGGUCAGCACCACCGCCUUGGCCACCCCUCUCUGCUUCGGCUCAGAGGCAUGGCCUCCCGUCUUCUUGUGUCUGGUCUCCCCCGGUCCCUCCCUCCCCUUCCUCAGGGCCCUGGCCCUGCCUGUGUCCCCUGUGUCGAGGGGCGCCAGCGUGCUGCCCCUCACUCCUCCCAGUUUCCUCCGACAGAGGCUCCGUUGCAGACGCUUCACAUGGACGUGUGGGGCCCUGCCCGCGUCCGUGGACUCGGUCACGAGCGCUACUUCCUGUUGGUGGUUGACGACUACUCGCGUUACACCAGAGUCUUCCCCUUGUGCAGCAAGGGUGAUGUCACUGAGACCUUCACGCUUCCGGACUCACCGCAGCAAAAUGGGAUUGCAGAGCGCCGCAUUGGCAUGGUCAUGGACGUCGCUCGUACGUCUAUGAUGCAUGCGGCUGCCCCCCAUUUUCUCUGGCCGUUUGAGGUCAGGUACGCGGCGCAUCAGAUCAACCUCCACCCCAGGGUCUCCAGGCCGGAGACCUCCCCAGCCCUGCUGUGGACGGGGAAGGUUGGCGAUGCGUCGGCGUUCCGAGUCUGGGGAUCUCGGGCGUUUGUCCGCGACUUGUCUGCGGACAAGCUGUCCCCUCGCGCUGCUCCUUGCGUCUUCCUGGGGUUCCCCCCCCGACGCCCCUGGGUGGCAGUUCUACCACCCCACCUCUCGACGUGUUCUGUCCUCCCAGGACGUCACAUUCGACGAGUCGGUGUGUCCCAGUUAGACGCGGUCGAGCCUGUCGAGGUCACUGGUGACUUUGUUGCUGCUGCGGGAGCUGAGCCUGGGGGUGCUGAGCCUGGGGGUGCGGAGUCUGGUGGUGUUGAGCCUGGGGGUGCUGAGCCUGGGAGUGCUGAGCCUAGGGGUACUGAUUCUGGGGGUGCUGAGCCUGGGGGUGCUGAGUCUGGGGGUGCUGAGCCUGGGGGUGCUGCGACUGGGGGUGCUCCGCCUGGAGGGGCCUUGCCUGAGGGUGCUGAGCCUGGAGGUUCUUCGCCUGGAGGUUCUCCGCCUGGAGGUGCUUCGUCUCGCCGAGAGCCACUCUCCCCACAGGAGCUGCGUGAGUGGUUUGCCCGGCGCUGGAGGCGUACUGCUGGUGCUGGAGGUUCUUCGGCUGCAGAGGGUGCUGCUGCCGCGUGUCCUGGAGGUGCUCGUGCUGUGGGUGCUGGAGCUCCUGGGCCUGAUGGUUCUCCUGGAGCUGGUGCUGCUGAGGGUGUUGGCGCUGAGACUACUGCUAGCAGUCCGACUGGCAGUGCUCCUGGUGCUGCUGGGAGUUCUAGAGCUGCUGCUGGUGCUGCUGGAGGUGCUGCUGGAGGUGCUGCUGGAGCGGGUACUCCUGCUUGGGGUACUGGUGCUGUCCCUGCUGUUUCUGGCGUCGCCACGCGGCCCCGACCGUACUUCGUUCCGCUCCUGCAGCAUGUUCUUGGUCUUACACCUUCUCCUGGUCCUCCUCCGCCUCCCUUAGAAGGUCUACAGCCUGUCCAGUCCCAGUCACAGCUACAGCCUGCCUCCCCUUUGCCUGCUCCUUCUCCCUACGCUGGUCCGACUGGAGGUCUUACUGAGCGUCGUGAGCCUGCGUCUCGUCCUGCGUCGCCUGUUCGUCCUGCACGCACUAGUGGUCGCGGUUCGCGUCAGCGUCCUCCUCCUGUCCCUGGCACGCACCGGAUGUCUCUGCGUCCGUCCACUGCUCCUCUGCGUGCCCCUUUGCCUUCUCCUCCUGUGUCCUCUCUUCCUGCUCUUGCCGACCCGGAGUCGGACUCUCUUCGUGCUGCCAGUCCCACUGUGAAGCGUCUCCUUGCUACUGCUGUCACUGACCCUUCCUUCGAGUCUUCUGCUGCGUCUGCCCUUGUCACUGAGCUUGUCGACUUUGCUGCGCGCUGUCGUCUAGACUACGCUGCUAGUCUUGUCGCUGAGUCUGAGUCUGCCUGUCCUCCGUCCGUCGGGGGAGACCCGGACGCACUAGACAUCCCGACUCCGCGCUCUUACGCGGAGGCGAUAGAGGGUCCCUACUCCUCUCAGUGGCAGGCAGCUAUGGAUGCAGAGAUGGCUUCCUGGAAGUCCACAGGCACCUACGUUGACGCUGUUCCCCCUCCUGGGGCGAACAUCGUCAGUGGCAUGUGGAUUUUCAGGGUGAAGCGGCCGCCGGGUUCUCCGCCUGUCUUCAAGGCGCGUUACGUGGCUCGUGGCUUCAGUCAGCGGCAGGGAGUUGACUACUUUCAGACCUUCUCCCCCACCCCGAAGAUGACCACUCUUCGGGUACUGCUGCACGUUGCUGCUCACCGUGACUACGAGCUGCACUCUCUCGACUCCAGCACUGCUUUCUUGCAGGGCAGCCUGCACGAGGAGAUCUGGCUGCUCUACGGUCUCCGCCAGGCGCCACGUGAGUGGCACGACACACUGAGGACUACGCUGGCGGCACUUGGGUUUGCUCCUUCUACUGCCGACCCGUCGCUGUUUCUGCGCACCGACACCUCUCUGCGCCGUUCUACAUCCUCCAUUCUCGCACGCUAUGUUGCUCCUGGGAGACACCGACCAGAGCACAUGGCUGCAGCGAAGAGGGUGUUGCGCUACUUGUGCAGUACGUCGGGCAUGGGGCUAGUGCUUGGAGGGCGCAGUCCAGUGGUCCUCACAGGGCACGCGGACGCUUCUUGGGCUGACGACCAGGCUACGCAGCGGUCGUCAUAG